CCCCCCCCCCCCCAGUAAGUAGGUGGACUUUAACACUCAUUUAAUUUGGUUUUACGAAUAUAUUAAUGGCUCCUUCUGAAAACCUAAGGCAAGUGCUGGUGGAAAUUCCAAACCCGCAACCUAAGAUCGCCGUCCAUCUUCGCAGGUCCUAUGAAGAAAUUCUGAAUUCUACAAGAGUACAAACACGGUUAACAACACUUCAUGCCAAUGUUCCUCCAAUGUCUUUUCUCAGAAGAGAGAAUGAACCAACAGGUGAUUGCUUGGUUCAGGAUGUGAAUGUUGAGUCAGCACAAGAUAUUUCUGAAGUCACAUCACUCACCAGAAGAAACUUUGGAGCUAGAAGAGGAAUGUGCAUCAAUUCAUCAACUUUUAUCAGUAACAAAAAAACAUUGGAAAAUGACAGUGAGAAAGAAUUACCUUUCAAGAAACAACGACUGCAUUUUAAGCCAGGUGUAAAUUUAGAAGUCAAACUGGAUGAUCUACUAACAUCUCAGCUAGUGCAUACUCUCUUAUUGCACCGAUAUCCAGCAAUUGAUGAUGAGGACAUGAAAUUGGUUCUUCCAUCAUUGAUCUUGAAAUGUGCUCAGAAACAGCUGGAGUUAUCCAAAAGCAAUGUUUAUCGUUCAAUACCACGAUGGCGUUUGGGUUCCAACAGAGAUGCAUACUGCUAUCGCAAAGCACAUAAUCAUCUUCAGGCUUUCAAGAGAACAUGCCUGGAACAAGGGAAGCUAUUAUUGCAAGCAGGAUGCUGGGAAACUUCAUUAAACUACAUACUGAUUGCAUGGAGGAUUACAAGUGAACUUCCACAGUGGGAUAAUAGCUUUCACAAUGAAUGUACACAACAGUGUUUUACAGUUUUAGCUGUUCAGGGCACAACUGCCUUGCAAAAAAGCUGUCUAGAGUUGGACAAGUAUAAACAACUUAGGAAAAGACUUAGAAUUGCAUAUACACAAAACAAACUGAUCAAACCCUGUCUUGAAGAAUUGGAUAGGAUAAUUGUAGUCCUGGAAUGCAGUCCUUCAGAACAAAUUCCAUCUUGCCUAAAUGCUUGAAAUUUCAAUUUGAAUGAGAAGUGUAGCAUGUCCACAACAAGAAAAUCCAAUGCCUUCAGAGGGAAAUGGCAGCUCUAUUUCCUUUUGGUUUGUUGCAGAAAGGUUAUAUUUGAUAUCAAACCUGUUUGUUCAAAAUGACGUGUCCAUAUCAGAGUAUUCCUACUUUGCAUUGGAUUGGGUCCAGCACAACAUCGGAAAAUUGGAAUUAAAAGAAGUGGCCUUUGGAAUUUAAUGAUCAAAUAAUGUAUUUGGUGGAGAAAAUAGUAUUUUUUUACAUGUUUGGGAAAGGUGGGGAUGGGGUAGGUAGCCUCUGUCCUCUAAUUCAAAUUGUUCACUUCUUGUUUUUAAACAAAAAAGGAAGAAUAGCUCAUGAUUUUUUUUUAACCUCAAAAUGGUAACUGCAGGAUUCUGUCUUGAGACAAUAUGCAAUUGUAGGUAAUUGGAUUGAUGGAUCUUAAGAAGGUUUGUGCAAGUUUUGGUACUGAUCAUUUUGGAUAUUUCUGGAGGCAUUUUUCAAUGGAAAUGUGAAAGUAUAAAAUUGAGAUUUUUAAAAUGCAGAUUGUAUUUUUUUUGAAAAUCAUCCAGUGAAUCUUAUUUCACUCCUUUUUGUAUAAGAAGACAGAGUGCUGUAAGUCAUAGCAUGCAAGUAGAAUGUACGGUUCAAUAAAUUUGGUGCAAUAGCAAUAUUAGUAAUCUAAUAAUGGCAAUUGCACUUUAACCUUUGACUAAGUACUGUUUUUAAUGUGGAGUUUCUGGUAAUAAACCAAAAAAACAAGUUAUGAAUUUUGGCCAGAGUUGGGAAUAUUUUUCAUAUGUUUAAAAAAAAUACUAUUCCUUAAAUUAUCUAUGGACUUCAUAAAUGUGUAAAUUUACCUAGUUAUGAGCAAUGUAAUAUGUUGAUUUUACUUGAACACUGAAAUGCAAUGUAUCUAACGUGAGGAAAAAGUGUCAUUAUGUUUUAGAUGUUUUUGUAAAUGAGCAAUUUGGUGUUUAUAAGAAUUUUCCAAA